AUGGGCAUAAUUAGCGAUAGUUUGGAAGAUGAUAAAUGUUCCUUAUGCCAAAAUGAAAUAAGACUUGAAUACCCAGAAUGUAAUUUUCGUAUGAUAAAUGUUUCCUAUGAUAAUAAUAAUAUUGAUACUAAUACUAUAAAGGAUGUUUCAUAUAAUACUAGUAAUACUAAGAAACAAAAAAAAAAACCAAUAAAAACAUUACUUGAAGAAUUGACCGUUGGAGAACCCGAAGUAGAAGUUAUUGAAGGAGUUUAA